CGCGUUCAGUCUCCGCCGUGAACCCGUUGCCGACAGUCCGACCGCGCACCGUCGUUCGGAUUACGAGUCCGUUUUUAUUAUGUGAAAGUGUUCGCGCGCGCGGACGAUCUGCUCUCGAGUGUUGCGAUUUUUUUUCGGUUUAUUAUUAUAAUUUUUUUUUUUAUUAUUAUUAUUACCGUCGCCCCGACUGGACGAUAAUUUUAUCAUUUCGAUUUUUACUACGCAUGCAAUCGGUACUCCGGCCCGACUACUGGCAGUACCGUAGUGUUUUUUUUUUUUUAAAUAAUAACUUAAUAAUUUUUCCGUUUUUCGUCGUUUUAACUUAGUCUCGAGUGCGCGCCUGUGCGUCCCGCGAGGCGAACAACGACCGCAGUCGUACUGCGAUUCGCGACUAUGUCGAAUGCCCGACCGACGGGGUCGUACGCGAACCGUUCGGUUUUCUGACGAACGCCCGCCGCGAUUUUUUUUUUUUGGAAAAAAAUAUCAAGUUUCAAAAAAAAAAAUUUUUCUCGUUCGAUUUUUGAAAAAUAACUAAAAAAAAAAAAAAUGAAAUUGUUUAUUAAAAUGAAACUAUUUUUGGUGGCCGCGAUGUGCGCCGCGGCGGUCGCCAAACUCGACGGCAGUGUCGCGGCCGAACCGUGUACGUGGUCGUCGUACAACAACGACACGGCCAAGACGUCCGUACAGUGCCGGGUCCGGGCGUUGGCCAUGGACAGCCCGAACUUCUCGUCCGUGCAGCCCGAGGGCACUGUUCGGCUGACGGUCGACUGCACCGACAAGCUGUUCUUGCAGAGCACGCUGGUGCCCCGCAUGUUCCGGCCGCUGCACCAGCUCGAGGAGCUGGUGUUGGUCCGGUGCAAGUUGUUGGACAUACCGGCGGACGCGUUCGACGGCCUGGGCGGGCUCAAGAAGCUCACCGUGCACACGUCCAACCUAGAAUGGGGAGCCACCAAGACCAUGGAACUGGCGCAGGGAAGCCUGGACCGGCUCACCGAGCUCCAGUCGCUCGACCUGUCCGAGUCGAACGUGCACACCGUGCCCGCCGACGCGUUCUGCGCCCUCAAAAACAUUCAGCAGCUGAAUGUGUCGCACAACGGUAUCGAAGACCUUACCACGCUCGGGUUCUCCGGGCCCGACUGUCCCGGCGGCACCGACCUCAAAGUGCUCAACCUGUCGUGGAACAACCUACAAUCGGUGCCUGCCCGCACCGCCAUAUCGGCCAUGAAGCGGCUGCAGACGCUCGGCCUGCAGCACAACAGCAUCACCGAGAUCGCCGCCGACAGCCUGUCCACGCUGGCGUCGCUCAAAGUGUUCAACGCGUCCUAUAACAAACUGGAGGCACUGCCGGAGACGUUGUUCGCCAAAAACCACGAACUACGCGAGGUUUACCUGCAAAACAACGGACUGUACGAGCUGCCCCGCGGACUCUUCCACCGGCUCGAGGAGAUGGUUAUUAUAAAUCUGAGCAACAACAAGAUCAAUCAGAUCGACGAGGGACCGUUUGUCGGCCUCCUCCGGUUGGUCGUCCUGGACCUGUCCCGCAACGGACUGACCAGGAUUAAGUCGAACGUCUUCAAGGACCUGGUGUUCUUGCAGAUUUUGGACUUGAGCAACAACAGCAUUAGCAGUAUCGAGGAAAACGCGUUUCUUCCGCUGUACAACUUGCACACGCUCAACUUGGCCGAAAACCGGCUGCACACGAUCGGAUCGCGGCUUUUUAACGGCUUGUACGUGCUGUCCAAACUCACCAUUAACAACAACUUGUUGAUUACCAUCGACGAUCAGGCGUUUAAAAAUUGUUCCGCUCUUAAAGAACUCGACCUCAGUUCAAAUGCCAUUCAACAGGUGCCAGCAGCGUUGAAUGAAUUAUCAUUCUUAAAAACGUUGGACUUGGGUGAAAAUCAAAUCAGUGUGUUCCACAACAAUUCGUUCAAAAAUAUGGAAUUACUGACCGGAUUGCGACUUGUAGAUAAUUUUAUAGGAAACCUGACUCAAGGCAUGUUCUCUAAUUUGCCCAACCUGCAGGUGUUGAAUUUAUCGAAAAAUAAAAUCUACACCAUCGAACGAGGCACGUUCACUCAAAAUAGCCAAAUCCAAGCGAUCAGACUGGACGCAAAUUAUUUAACGGACGUUAACGGAGUGUUCGAAUCGCUGUCCAGUUUGCAGUGGAUAAAUUUGUCUAAAAAUAAUUUAAUUUGGUUCGAUUACGCGAUGGUGCCGGCCAAUCUCAAAUGGCUGGACUUGCACGAUAAUUACGUGCAAGAACUGGGAGACUAUUAUAACCUGAAGGACCGAUUAAACAUAAACACAAUUGACGCCAGUCACAAUCACAUAACCGAAAUUUCGGAACGUUCUAUACCGAACAGCGUAGAAGUAUUAUUCCUCAACAACAAUUUCCUUUCGAACAUCAGACCCAACACGUUUUUGAAAAAGAGAAAUUUGGUGCGCGUGGACCUGUACGCUAACGAGUUGACACGAUUGGACGUGAACGCCCUGCGGUUGGGCGUUGUGCCUAUCAACCGUUCGCUGCCGGAAUUCUACAUCGGCGGCAAUCCGUUUGAGUGCGACUGUUCCAUGGACUGGUUGCCCGCCGUCAACAAUAUGACGCAGCUCAGGCAGAACCCCAAGGUCAUGGACCUCGACAACGUGGUGUGCAAAACGACAGAUUCUAGAGGCUCGGAGGUGGUGCCCAUCUUGUCCGCCGGGCCGUCGCAGUUUUUGUGCAAGUACGAGACCCACUGUUUUACCGUGUGCAAGUGUUGUGAAUACGACGCUUGCGACUGCGAGAUGACGUGCCCCAGCAAUUGUACGUGCUACCACGAUCAGACGUGGCACACGAACAUCGUGGAUUGUUCGUACCAGCUGAACAACCAGGUGCCGCCGAAGCUACCGAUGGACGCUACGCACGUGUACCUGGACGGCAACAAUUUUAAUCAGUUGCAGGGCCACAUAUUCAUCGGCCGCAAAAACAUGGUGCACCUGUACCUGAACAACUCGAAAAUCGAAUCGCUCCAGAACCACACGUUCAACCGGCUCAGCUCGUUGCAGGUUCUUCAUCUGGAGGACAACAUGCUCACCGAGUUGAAGGGUUACGAGUUCGAGCAGCUCUACCAGCUCAGGCAGCUGCACUUGCACAACAACCGUCUAUCGUACGUGAACAACAUGACUUUCGCGCCGCUACGGAACCUCGAGGUGCUAAAGCUGCACGGCAAUUUGCUGAGCAACUUCAACGUGUGGCAGCUGUCCAUCAACCCGUACCUGGUACAGCUGUCGGUCGGAAAGAACCCGUGGUCGUGCCGCUGCAAGUUCCUGCAACCUUUCCGGAAUUGGGUGUACGAGAACGGGCCGAAAAUCAGCGACAUGACUGACGUGACUUGCGUGCCGGACGAGUCGGACCCCGGCCAGAGGCGCGAGAUCGACUUCAACGAAACGACGUGCAGCGACUUCUACACCGGCGGCUGGGCCCUGCGCAACAUGAUGACGUCCAGUUACGUGCCUUUACUCACGUUCCUGUUGGUCGUGUUCGUCGUGGCCCUGGUGCUCUUCGCCGUCCGGGACAACAUCAAGGUGUGGCUGUACACCAAGUACGGCAUACGGGUGUUCAGCUGCAAGAACUCUGGCAACAAGCACUUUUACGAAGAUCGCGAGAAGCUGUACGACGGUUACGUACUGUACAGCCCCAAGGACGAGGAGUUCGUCCUGCAGUCGGUGGUUGCCGAGCUCGAGCACGGCAACCCGUCGUACCAGUUGUGCCUGCACUACAGGGACCUGCCCAUCACGUCCAUGUACCACGCCGGUUCGUCGCCCGUAGUGAUCGAAGCCGCGGAGGCUAGUCGCAGGGUGAUCGUUGUCCUGUCCCGAAACUUCAUACAGACCGAGUGGUCGCGAUACGAGUUCCGGUCGGCACUGCACGAGGCCCUCAAGGGCAAGGUGUAUAAGCUGGUGCUGAUCGAAGAGAACAGUAUCGCGGCCGAGGCGGACGCCGACCCCGAGAUCAGGCCUUACCUGAAGACGGCGUCCAAGGUGCGAUGGGGCGAGAAACGGUUCUGGGAACGGCUCCGCUACCUGAUGCCCAGCAACAACCACCACAACAACAACCAUCAUCACCACAAAGUGUGCAACUACCGGAACAACAUAAACAACUACACCAUCGACACCCGGACACCGGUGGUGCCUGCCCACCGACGGCAACCGCCGCCGUCGCCUCAGGAUAAGACGCCGCACCACCGGCCGCACGGCCACCAUCACCACCACCAUCAACACCACCAGCAGCCGCAGCAGCAGCACAGCCCCGGGUCACUGCCCCGGCCGCAGCACCGGCACGAGGACUCCAACUACUCGACGGCCACGACGGCCACACCGUCCCCGAAACUCGGGGGCGGCUGCGAGGACCGGCCGGCGUCCACCGAGCACAUCUACUCGGCCAUCGACACGCCGCCGCCGUCGGUGCACCAGUCGCCGAGCAGGAUGAUGCCGCCCGCGCACCAGUUCGAGCGCACCAACAGCCGGAGGUCCGCCAAGCACCAUCAGCACCAGAACGCCGUGCAGGCUUACCUCGUCUGAUGCGAAAACCUCCCCAAGCAAGUCGUCGUCGCCCCUCAAUACUUCCACAGCGCUGCUUAUGCCGCGAACCUAUGAUAUUAUUGCAUGUUGUGGGUAAUAAUCUCGCGCAAACAGGUCAGUGUCACCGACGUACUGUACAAUAAUUAUUAUUAUUUCAUUAUUAUCAUUAUUAUUAUAUUUGUAUUUUUCGUUUGGUUUUGUUUCGUUUAUCUGUGAACCGAACAAAGCAUAUAUUAUGUACGUAUGUGCUCAUCAAUAUGUGAUAAUGUUGUUUAAAUAAGCACGACUUGUAUGAUUCAUAGAUUAAUUGAGUUCCUAAGUGUACGUUCUCCGGAACACACUGCGGUUAAUUCCCUUUGAAACUUUCUUGUAUUUUUUUUUUUUUUUAAUUAUCAUUAUUUUUUACUUUAUAUGUUCGUAAUAAUUAUUUUACGACGGGCUGUGUCCGCCGUUUAUAUUGUAAAUGUGAUUUUAGGCGGGUUUUUAAAUAUUAUAUUAUUAUUGAAUAUUAUCAUUAUUAUUGUGAAAAAACGGUUCGUACUAACUAUUGAGAAUCUAACGCCAUUUUUCUAGUCAGCUCAAAAAAAAAAAAAAAAAUUGUUUUUGAGCAACCAAAUUUUGUGUGUUAAAUUCAUAAAAAAAAAAAAUGUAUUAUCCUCGAUUUGAGGCCCAGACUGAUUAAGUCUUCGUAUCACUGUUGUUUGCUCCCCUCACCUCUUAACAAUUUUCAAUCGAAGAAAUGACAUACAUCGCGAGUGUUAUUAUAUUCUAUUUCAUUUUUCACGUGACGCAGAGCAAUAAUAAUAAAAUAUUAUUUUAAAUUUAUGACACAUGAUGUGGGAUAAUUAAAAACCUCCGUGGGUGUUGGUGUUUUUUUUCUCUUCAUACAUCGUAAUAAUAAUAAUAAUAAUAAUACCGGUUCUAGGCUCUCGUGUAUUUUAUUAUAUCUCUCCUUAUUACUACACUCUCCUAGAGCGUUUAUUCUGUUAUUAUUCCGACGUGUCCGAGUACGCUUUCGUACGAAACACAGAGAAUGAAAAAAAUAUAUUUAUUUAUAUACUUAUAUAUUAUAUAUAAAUGUAUAUUUUUUUUAUUCAGUACACGGAUUACCACUUAGUACUGCCGCUGCGUUAUCUGAAAUGGAUUCGGCUUUUUAUUUGGAGAGACAAUAUAAAACUAUUAUUUUUUUUUUUGUAUCUUUUAAACACAAAACAAGGAUAAUAAAAAUAAGAUAAAUAAUAAAUACACACCUUCUUAUCCUCGAAAACAAUAAUUCCAUUUCCAUGUAAAUGUAUCGGCUUAAUGGAUGAACUGAACUGUGCUUGAUUAACAGAGACUCCGACGCGUUUCAUCCCGUGAACGUAAAUAUUACAAAAUUGUUAGGAAUAUUUUUACGAAUUUUACACCCUACAUGCGGUUUUAAAUUGUUUUGGGGCGAGUGUAGUAACAGGGUAAGACAAACCGAUAACAACUUGGUUGGAUGUUUAAAAAAAAAAACUAAAAAAAAAAAAAAUAUACAAUUAUUUGGGGGAUUUACAUUAUGUUUCACUACUUGAACGAAGACUGUAUGAUAUUUUUAAUUAACCACAAUUUUUUUUUUUAUUUAAAUAUUGUUAACUUCGAUUCUAUUUUAUUAUUAUUUGAUUAAGAAAUUAUUUGUAUAUAUUCGUGUACAUCCCAUUUUAUUAUGUAAUGAUAUUAAUAUGUAUAGACGUGUAUUGUACAACGUUGAAAAUAAAUAAUUUAUUUUUUAUUUUGAAAAAAAAAAACACUUGUUAUUAUUAUUUUUUUUUCCAUCGACACCACCUACGCCUACCUAUCUACAUUUCUUUUUAACGGAUAACGCACUGUACAGCGGAACCUCUGUAUCUCGGAGGGACAAAAAGAAAAAAAAAAUUGACAUAUCUAAAGUUACCGAGGUAAUUAGAAAACAUAUUGUGAACGGGACUGACGAAAAUAUUCGACGUACAGAAACUUCGAGAUACCGAGGUCCCACUGCAGUAUAUAUAUAAUAUGUGUAGGUAAAAUGCAUAGUACAUUAUAUUAUUACGUUGUCCUCAUACAUAUUAUAAUAUUAUUAUUACUAUAUAUAUAAUUUAUUGUGCUGCAGUAAGUAUUGUGCACGCGUUUGUGUACCACUUUUUGCAGUGUACGAAUCAAAUGAUAUCAUCAUCGUAGGUACAUAUAUUUACGCUGACCGGGAGAGAGAGAGAGAGAGAGUGACACGGCGAGUCACAUGACGUCGUAGGAAAGCGAAACCGUGAAUAAUACAUGAGUUUUUUUUCCCCGGCCCUUUGCAAAGGCCGUCUGUCAGUCAUGCAGUCAACAGAAUGUGCGUGUUCGGCGGACUAGACGGAAUAUUAUUGUUCUGUCCCGUUUGCCGUUUGUGUGUGUCACGUGAUGUAUAUACAAAUAGAUGACGGGGAUCUACCCCUGCAGCAGAAAAAAAAGCGUAUAUAGUACACGUAGGUAUACGACGACGGCCUAUACGUUGUGCGCGUCCAGAAAGUGAAAACCGAAAGAGAGGGUCUCAACCCUUUUUUUCUCGCCGACCGCCCGCAGGAAGAGCUCUCCGUCGUUAUUGGUGUGCACGACUAUAAUAAUAUGAUAUGGUUCGUGUAUGUUAAAAUAAUAAUAAUAAUAAUAAUAAUUACAGUCGUCGGCCGACGGCGAACGGCGGCGCUCGGCCGUUUUUCUCGCAAUUUUUCUACGUCGCUAAACCGUACAACGCUACAAGUGUGCAGGUGAGUAUAAUAUGAUAAUAACUUUAUAAUAACGAAAAGAUAAAAAAAAAAAAAAAAAAAUAAUAAA